AUGCAAAUAGCUAUCCUUUUGGCUGCCUACUUCUACACGACAUCGUCUCUGCCGACGAAGACGACGACAACGACAAGGAAGCCUUCUGAUCCCGCUUCAGACGAAUAUGAAGAUGAUGGAGAAAGCUGGGAGUGCGGUACUGAUGAUUUGACCAAGUAUUUAAGCGAAAAUCAAAUUGAUUUGGAUUGUCCAAGUAUCAAAAGUAAGUUAUAACU